AUGCUGGCGUGGGUGCCCCAGCAUACGGCGCCCAGUGACGGCGACGACGAGGGCGACUGGUGCACCCUGAACAAGCACAGCCUCACCGAUGCUCAGGGCUUCAUGGCCACGGCCAUCUCCGAGGACGGGGCCUGCAUGAGUCUGAGGAUCAAGGUGGUCGCCGGUGCUGCCGGUGCCUUCGGGGAGCGCGAGGUGACCCAGGUGCCACUGGCGGACGCCGAGGGCACCUGCAAGGAUCCAUCGGCGCCCAGUGCUGCUACCGCCGAGGCCGCAACCGAAGCAGGCGCUCUGCUGCAGGCGGUCAACCAGAUCGCCUGCGGCCUCGACCUGCGCCGCCUCGUUCCCAGGCUGGCCGCCGCCGGCCUGCGCGUGGUCGAGGGCGCGGCCGAGCCCGCGCUCUUCCCGCUCAUCGAGCCGCUGGAGGCCUUCCGCGAGGGCGAGCUCUCGGCCGAUAGCCUGCCGGCCGCGCUGCCCCAGUUUGCGCAGGCGCUGGCGGACCUGCCGCCCGGCAGCGUGCCCGGCGUGCUCGCGCUGUGCAAGACGGAGGCCGCCCGCGCCGUGGAGGAGCUGCGGCGGGAGGCGCAGGGCGCGGAGGGCCUCGAGGUUGAGGUGCAUAGGGGCGUCGUCUGCGACGGCUGCGAGGUUGCCCCGAUCAUGGGCAAGCGCUAUCGGAGCCUCACGAAGGACGACUACGACUUGUGCGAGGCCUGCUUCAGCAAAACAGACGAGGACAAGAACAGCUUCAAGCGCGUGAAGUCGGACGUGGUCGCUCAGGUGGUGUCUUCGUUCUACGGCCCACGAGGAUCGCCCGGGUGCGGCCUGGUCCACCACAGUGUCCAGUGCGACGGCUGCGGCGAGUUUCCCCUGGUGGGCACCAGGUUCCGCAGCCUCGACCGCCCCGACUACGACCUCUGCGGCCGCUGCCACGGGGAGCUGCAGGCCAGCGGGCGCGAGGCGGGGCGGCCCUUCCAGGAGAUCGCCCCGCCGGGGCACUGUCCGCCCGGCCGCGAGGACGGUGAGACGCUCGUCGUGGAAGGCGAUGGACUGGCCGCGUUUGCAGCCGCGGAGGUCAAGGCGACUACGGAACCCGAACACGGCAAAGGCAAGCACAAGGGCAUGUGCAAGGGCAAGGGCAAGGGCAAGCACAAGGGCAAACACCACGACCACCCUCCGCCUCCUCCGACGGCGCCUGCGUCGUGCCCCGAGCGGUCGGCGGAGGAAGAGUCGUGGAAGCUGUUCUACGACAACAGCUGCGGGGAGUACUACUACCACAAUUGGAUGACCCGGGAGACCACGUGGACCAUGCCAGAGACGCUGCGGCAUACUGGCCUCGCGCAGCAGGCGUCCUCCAGCCCUGUCCCCGACGAGCCCCGCGAAGAGGCGAAGGUGGAUCUCGAGGAGAGCCUGCGCGCCAUGGACGAGGGCGCGCUUCGGGGCGUGCUGGCCGGCCUCCUUGCUCACUCCGACAGGUCCGUGCGAGACGCGGUGGAGGCCGCUGUAUCUUCCCCGGCGUGCCGCGACCGCCUCGAACACCAGGGCUCGCGCAGGAAUUCGCAGGACGACGACAAUAUGGAGACGUCUCAGGAGGCUUGCAGCAUGCACUCCUGGGAGAUGCCCGACGUCGAGCCCAGCCUGCCCGAGCCCCCGGAGCUGCCCGGGCCCCCUGAGCAGCCCGAGAGCGAGCUCCUCCCCGCGGCGUCCGCGCGGGUGAUCGGCAGCGUUCCCCUCACCCUGGGCGUCGAGGCGCAGGAGGUGCACGCUGCGCGCGGCGACGCCACCGAGGACCUCGGUCCUAGCGCCGCCAGGCCUAUCGCAUCGGCUGCGUGGCGUUGCCUGCAGGACUGGACGCGGCGGUGCCCGCCUGCGCCAGGGUCCACGUGGUGA